AUAAUUUUUCUUUCAUCUGUACUUGUUGUGUCAACAUUCGGACAGUGCUUUCAAGAUGUGGAUUAUGUGCCAACUAAGCAAAAAUUACUUUCCAACAUGGAGCAUUUUUUUGAUGCUUCAAACCGAUUUGCAAUAAAACUGUUGCAUGCAAUAAACAAUACCAAAGAUACAUUUCUUAGUCCAUUCAGUAUAUGGACAUCAAUGAUUUUAGUAUACCUUGGAUCGAAGGGAACGACGGAAAAAGAACUAGAAGGAAUGCUUAACCUGCAAGGAAUGGACAAAAGUAUCGUCGCUUACAGUUACAGUUCCCUUAAAUUAUGGUUUUCUUCUAAGUUGUGGUAUUCUUCAUCCGCUUCGUUUUCAAUGAUAAAUAACUUAUUUUUGCAAAAGGAUGUAAAAAUUCGAAAAUGCCUUUUGGAAUUUUUGGAAGAUGACUUGGCAUAUGUAGACUUCCACAAAAAUCCAGAACUUGCUAGGAUAUCGAUCAACUUUUUAAUCCAAAGAUAUACCAAAAAUAAAAUCAAGGACAUUUUGCCGCCUCACAGCUUGCAUACUUUUACUGAAUUUCUAGUGACUAGUGCUAUGCACUUUAAAGGGGCCUGGAUACAACCUUUCUUUCCACAAGCCACACAGCCAAGAGCGUUUUUUACUUCCCAAGUAGAAUACAAAUUGGUGGACAUGAUGGUAACUCGAAAUACAUUCCUGUAUGCAGUAAGCGACGAGUUACAAUGCACAGCGAUAGAACUGCCAUAUGUGGGAAGGUCUUUAACCAUGGUCAUCAUGUUACCGAAGAACAAAGCUCAUGGCGUUCAGAUCCUUAUUAGCUCGUUGACACCAGUUAGAAUGAAUGAUCUGAUGGAAGAUAUGUUUCCGAGGGAAGUUGUCGUGGUGAUGCCGAAAUUCCAACUUGAAGACAGGCAACAACUGUCUUCUGCGUUUUUGAAAUUAGGUUUCAGAGAUUUGGCAAUUAAUUCUUUGGACUUAACUGGCUUCUCAACAGAGAUUGCACUAAACAUCAACGAAAUUUACCACAAAGCUUUUAUUUCGGUUAAUGAAGAAGGUACUGAAGCAGCUGCUGGUACUAUUACAGCUCUUUCCAGAAAUUCCAGGCCCACUAGAACUAUAGAUUUCAUUGUUGAUCAUCCAUUUGUGUUCUUCAUCAGAGAAAACCUUUCUGGAAGCAUAUUAUUUAUGGGAAUAAUUCGGAAUCCAAACCAUCCAACACAAUGAAAAAUAACUUAAAACAUCAUUUUCAUGAUUUAAAGCUCUAAGCAUUUACUUCUGAAGAUGGUUCUUCAGGAAUUCUACAGAAUCUAUUAGAGAUUCAACUCUGAAGUUCAAAAAAUAUUUCCACUAUAUACAGAUUUUUCAACUGUUUAUUAAUUCACUGUUAAAGAAAUUACAGAGUGGCGACAGGAACUGUGAGAAAAAGUUCCCUGAUUUUUCCCUGAUUAAGUUCACCAAAUUUCCCUGAUUUACGUUACUAAUGAUAAUGGUUUCCUUUCUUUGCCCCAAUUUAAAACCAUUGCAUAUUAAAUAAAAUGCAGUGUUUAAAACCUUUUAAGCUGUUACAGUAAAACCUGUUAAAUUGACCAUCUUUGUAAG